AUGGAUUCUCACCUGCGCGCAGUCCUCAUAGAUACAAUCAAAAACAUUACCGCCGGCGAUUGGAAAGUACUAGUCAUCGACGAAGGCUCCAAGCGGAUCAUCGACAAUGUCGUCAAGGAAGAUGACAUCCUCAACCAUAAUAUCGCUACUGAGGGUGGUGCCAUAGAUAUCGAGCGAAUCGAGGACCGCCGCGAGAUGAAUCCGACUAUGGAUGCUAUAUACAUCCUCUCGCCUCUGUCACACAUUGUCGAUUGCCUCAUGGCUGAUAUCGAACGCCGGAGAUACAAACAAUGCUUCCUGGUUUGGACCGCUGUGCUCGAUCCCCAGCUGAGGAGGCGAAUAGAUGGCUCUGCUCUGGCGAAACAGCAGAUAGCCGGUUUCGAGACGCUUUCCAUCGACUACUUCCCAAGAGAAUCGCAUCUCGUCACAUUCAGAGACCCCUGGAGUUUCCCCAUCUUGUAUCACCCGGCUUGCAAUGGGCUGAUAAGAAAGCACAUGCAGGACCUUGCUCAAAAGAUUACUGGUCUAUGUGUAUCUUUGGGAGAAUACCCCAAAAUUCGGUACUAUCGCCCAAGGAACCCGAUACACGAAGCUGCUGUACUAUCCUCGCAUCUUGCUCGGUUCGUCUCUGAGGAGCUGGAUGAAUAUGCCCAAUGGAACCCAGACUUUCCGCCACCAAGCUCGAGGCCGCAAGGUGUGCUUAUAGUGUCCGAUAGAUCCAUGGAUCUCUUUUCGCCUUUGGUACAUGAGUUCACCUACCAAGCGAUGGCGCAUGACCUCCUACCGAUCAAAGAUGGAGACAAGACUACAUUUCACAUGACAGUCAACGAAGAGGAACCCGGCGCCGAAGAAAAAGAUGUAGAGCUUACUGACAAGGACAAAGUCUGGGUAGACAACCGGCAUAAGCACAUGAAGGAUACGAUAGAGAAAAUCAUGGGCGACUUCCAAAAGUUUCUCGACCAGAAUCCCCACUUUACCAACUCGAACGGCGAUGCGACAAGCAUAAAUGCGAUUAAGGAUAUGAUGGCAGGGUUGCCGCAGUUCACCGAGAUGAAGGAAAUUUAUUCUCUCCAUCUCACAAUGGCCCAGGAGUGCAUGAACAUCUUCCAGCAUCACAAGCUUUCCGAGAUGGCUCUCAUAGAGCAGAAUAUGGCGACAGGACUUGACGAGGACAAUCGGAAACCGAAGAACGUUCUGGACUCGAUAGUCCGCCUCCUCGACGACGACGCGGUGACGAAGUCGGCCCGACUUCGUCUCGUUAUUAUGUUUGUCCUCUAUCGCGACGGCGUGAUAAUGGAGGAUAUCAAGAGAUUACUCGCGCAUGCUUCCUUGCCACCUCAAGACGGCGAGAUUAUAUCGAACAUGGAACUCCUUGGUGGUCGUACGACCCAUAACCUCAAAGAUCCUCGCAGGGAUAACCUACCCUUGUUUCCCAUUGACACCAAAGCCCCUAUUCCCGAAGACAAUUACAUGUCGCGAUUCUCCCCUGCCGUGAGGUCCGUGCUGGAGAAUCUGUGCAGAGGAACCUUGGACCAGACAUCAUUCCCGUAUGUGAAGCCGCCUUCCGACCCCAACGAAGAUGCUCUGAUUGGGCAGGGGUCGUUGAGAGCAGCCAAACCCAGCUGGGCCGGUGCCGGUAGACGGGUGGUAGAGAACAGGCAGCGGAUAAUCGUCUUCAUGGCUGGCGGUGCAACGUUCUCCGAGUCACGCGCUUGUUAUGAAGUCGGGUCGGCUAUGAACCGCGAUGUUUUCCUCGCGACUAGUCACAUGCUCACGCCUCAGCUUUUUGUGCGCCAAGUAGGUGAUCUGAGUGUUGACAAGCGGAAAUUGGAUCUCCCAAUCGAGAGACCGCCUCCGAGAGCGCCGGCGCACCUGUUCGAACGGCCUGCUCCGCUAAUGGCCGCAGCGCCUCCACCACCAGGAGCGGGAGGGCCUCGGCCACCGCCGGGAAGGCAACAAGUUCCAGGGCGGCCACCGCCGCCACCAGGAGGGCUGCCAGUCGGCCCGAGGGUCGGAGGCGCGUCGUCCGCACCGCCCACGCAGCAGAUGGGCAACAUGAGUCUUGGUCCGAGACCGCCAAACGGGGCGGACUCGGGACCCCCGUCGAACAGCGGGACGCCUCAGAAGCUGGAGAAAGAGAAGAAGAAGCGGAACUUCCUCGGAAUGAAGAAGGACAAGGGUAGUAAGGGAUAG